UCUGUGCUCGUGUUUAUAUGCAAUUCAACACGCCACUGCAUAAUACAGCGAUAUUUUCCGUGUAGUUUGUCGCUUUUCGGUUAAUUCGAUCGUUUAAGUGAUUAGUGAGUGCAGUCAGCUCUCCUUUCCUCUUCACUGGCCGUCAGCGACGUUUCUUGGCUUAAAAUAAAGGCACGGCGCGUUCAUACGUCACUUUACGGUAGAAGGCUGAAGUUGUAUUUUCACAGCGAGAGACAGAGAAGAGAGAGCCACUGCUUCAAACAGCGCCGUGCAGACACUCAGCAUCUCCUUCAGACAAGCGACGAGGUCGGCUUGCUCGGGACAGCGUAAAAAAUAAAAAAUAAAAAAAAUUGGAAAGCACAGCUCAGGUCUGCGUGGGGACUCGGAGCAGCCGUCGCUGUCAGGGAGCUCCUGUCCCAAUUUGGCUGUGAGCACAAAACACCAGUCAGCUACACGGCCUGACUAGAGUCUAAGAUGCCCUAGGCCGGGAGAAGGGAAAUGUAAAUGGCUUCCAAAGUAAAAGAUGCUGUGGUGUGGUACCAGAAAAAGAUUGGCGCCUAUGACCAACAGAUAUGGGAGAAAUCAGUGGAGCAGCGAGAAAUAAAGUUUAUUUCUCUGGGCUUGAGAAACAAGCCAAAGAAGACCGGACAUGUCAAACCAGACCUGAUUGACGUGGACUUGGUUAGAGGUUCAGCGUUUGCCAAGGCCAAACCUGAGAGUCCGUGGACGUCGCUGACCAGGAAGGGCAUCGUCAGAGUCGUCUUCUUCCCAUUCUUUUAUCGAUGGUGGAUCCAGGUCACCUCCAGGGCCAUUUUCCUCUUACUGCUGGCUCUCUAUUUGCUGCAAGUGGCAGCAGCAGUGCUGUAUGUUUCCAUCCCUCAGUCUCAUGGGAUACCAACCACCGAGGUGUUUGGAGCCAUCUGGCUCAUGUUGCUGCUGGGCACCGUCCACUGUCAGAUCGUCUCCACCAGGACACCGAAACCUGCCUCCAGCAGCGGGGGGAAGAGACGCAGGAAGUUGAGGAAGGCAUCUCAGAUGGAGGUGCAUAGGGAAGGCGACGGGUCUAGCACUACCGAUAACACACAGGAGGGGGCGCCACACUCCCACUCAGCCAGCACCACAUACAGCCUGGGCGCUCUCUUCCAAGAUUUCUGGCAUGAUAUCUGUAAAGCUGGAUCUAAGAAGUCCAAGCUGUCAAUCGACAAGUCAACAGAGACCGACAACGGCUACGUGUCGCUGGACGGCCGGGUGACCAAUCGCAGCAGCGAGGAGGGGCUCCAGCUCCACGAGCAGCGAUGUGAUUCGUUGAACCGGGCUGACGAAGUGUGCUGGAACUCUCACGUGAAGCCAGCGCACGCUCACACACCCCGCAGCACUGGACUGAUGCUGGCCAGUGGCAAUAAGGAGCCAGCAUCAGAUGAGGCGUCCAGCGAGGAGGACCCUGAAGUAUCCUACAGCGCCCUCCGCAGGGGAGUGGAGAGAAUGAACAGUGAAUGUACUCUCAGAAACCGCAAGAGUUCACACCACUACAAGAAACACUACGCUGUGGAGGAUGUCCCAAAGUCCGGCACCAGCUGCAGCUCCAGAUGUUCCAGUCUGAGGACUCAGGACUCUGAGAGCACUCGGCACGAGUCUGAGACGGAGGACCUGAUGUGGGAAGACUUCCUGCACUGUGCUGAGUGCAGGUCAUCCUGCACCUCCGAGACAGAGGGAGAGGGAGGUGGGACGCCCGUCUGUCCUCCUGCUAAAAAGGAAUACAGAGACGACCCUUUCCAUCAGGGUCACGUUCCCUGGCUGCACAGCUCCAACCCCGGUCUGGAGAGGGUGAGCGCCAUCGUGUGGGAGGGAAACGAGUGCAAGAAGGCCGACAUGUCCGUCCUGGAGAUCAGCGGCAUGAUCAUGAACAGAGUGAACCUCUACACUCCUGGUAUUGGUUACCAGGUGUUUGGGAACCUGGUUUCAGUGACACUCGGCCUCACACCUUUCGCAUACAGGCUGGCUCAGUACCGCGACCUGGAUCAGCUGACAACACUUUCAGCCAAUGAGCUCCUCUCUGUUGCGCUGGGUGGCGGGUCUGGAUCAGACGCCUUGGUCAUCACCAUGGUGACACUGAGCUUCCUGGUGCGUGUUUGCCUUAUAUGGCUCUUCUUCUUCCUGCUCAGUGUAGCAGAGAGGACCUACAAACAGAGGCUGCUGUUUGCCAAGCUGUUCGGUCACCUGACUUCAGCCCGCAGAGCCAGGAAGUCUGAAGUCCCUCAUUUUAGACUGAAGAAAGUUCAGAACAUCAAGAUGUGGCUGUCGCUACGCUCCUACCUCAAGAGACGGGGUCCUCAGCGUUCAGUGGAUGUGAUCGUGUCUUCUGCCUUCCUGCUCACUCUGUCUGUCGUCUUCAUCUGCUGUGCACAGUUGCUGCACAUCCACGAAACGUUCCUGGAGUGUCACUACAACUGGGAGCUGGUGAUCUGGUGCUCCAGUCUGUCUCUGUUCCUGCUCAGGUUCGUCACUCUGGGCUCCGAGACCAGCAAGAAGUACAGCAACACCUCCAUACUGCUCACUGAACAGAUCAACCUGUAUCUCAAGAUGGAGAAGAAGCCAAACAAGAAAGAAGAGCUGACACUGGUCAACAACGUCUUAAAACUGGCUACCAAACUACUCAAAGAGUUGGACACUCCUUUCAGGCUGUAUGGGUUGACGAUGAACCCUCUGCUCUACAACAUCACCCAGGUAGUCAUCCUGUCCGCCGUGUCUGGAGUCAUAUCUGACCUGCUAGGAUUUAACCUGAAGCUAUGGAAGAUCAAAUCGUGACAGUGAACAGAGAAGCGGCGUCGACCUUCACUCUCACUGACUGAUUUAACGCCUGACUGAAAGACUGAACGUCGGUCUCCACAUAUCCGAGUGCUUUGACCUUCAACGUUCCCACUUUGUGCAAUUCACACAUUUAUUUAUUUACCCACUCAGUGUUUUUACUUAGGUUUUAUUUGAAUUGUAGUUUGUUUCAUUUUUGUGUUCUUUGACACAAAACAAUGCUAUAUUUUACCUGUCAACAACAAGUGUUAGUAUUAUUAUUAUUAUUAUUAUUAUUAUUAUUAUUAUUAUUAUUAUUAUUAUUAUUAUUAUUAUAGGCAUAAAUUAUUAUGGUUUAGGUUCUCAGCUGCAUCUGCGACAGUUUUCAAUCAAAUAUUUGAAGGCAAAGUAUUGAGAUGCCGAUGGGUCAAAAAUGAUUUUGUCAUUUUUUUGUGUUUUGUUUGCUGAAACUGAAAGUUAUAUUAUUUAUAUGUUGAGUCAAUUUCAAAACAAAAUUCUGUUACGACCUUAAAACUCGUUUUUAAAAAAACACAAACAUUAGUCCAGCUGUUUUUCUUUCUUUUUUUCCCCCCCGAGAACAAAUAAACUUGUUUAGAGAAUACAUUAUCAUUUUAAAUCUGGCUGGUUUGGUGCAAAAAACAAACAAAAAACAACUAAAAUUAGAGACGUUUGUUGUUAUUUCCUUGUGUUUGACGAAUAAGAAUGUAAAGAUCAUCUGUUUUUAGAGUUCUCAGCAUCUUAGUUCCUCAAAAUUCCCCGUUCAUACCAGCUCCCAGAUGUAAUAACUACAUUUACAUAUCUGUUUGUGAAUGUUAACAGUAACGUUCUGUUGGUAAAUUGUGGGGAGAGGUGAAGCAUCAGAUGACAUCAGCCCUGCAGAAAAACAAUCACACUGUUAGAAAACAGAACAUGUGUGUAAAAAAAGCUCAAUGUGGAUCAUAAUCGAUACAGGCGUGAACUCGUGUGUAGAAAUAGAAGUCUCAUUAGAGCAGCAUUAAACACAUUUAUUUUAUUUCUUCUCCCCACAUCAGUGGGUUCGACAGUAUUUCCAGCAAUACUUGUGUGCAGGUAGUAACAUGUUGUCAUGUUGUCACUGGUUCAGGACGUUUUCAUACAACAUCCAUUAAAUGUGCAGAAAAUGAUGACAUCGCUUCUGUUCAGAGCUGUUUUAAAGGGCAACCCCACCAAUUUUACACACUGAAGUGUGUUAACAGGUCUUGGGGAGUUCUACAGCAUAUGUGAAUAAAGUAGUAUAAAGCCUUUUCCAUGUAAUUUGGUUGCAUUGUGGGUAAUGUACGCGACACAUUUUUGAAAAUCAGUCCGCUGGUAUAGCUCUCCUGUAACACUGUUUGGCUUGUUUUAAAAAAACAAAAAACAAACAGCAGAUGUAAUCGCCUUUUUAAUUCCAUACAUUUUUCUUCUGUUUCAAAAUCUGCGGCUACAUUAUCCACAAAGCAACUUAGCCACUGUGUGAAAUUGGUGGCGUUACCUUCAAGUGUAGAUUAGGACCUUCUUCUACUCCCAGCAUUUGAAACAUCACACUUCGUUUUUGCUGAAAGUUUCAACAUCAUGUUUUAUUUAAGGUUCAGAAGUGUUGGAAAUAUAAAUUUACUUGAUCAUUAAGGAGCAAAUUUGUGCCUAAUAUGAAGAAAUGUGACUGAAUCUGGUCAAAAGGUGGUCUCUGUUUUUUGGGAAUUAAAAUUGUUCGAUUGAAAAUGUAUCAAAAGGACAAAAACUUUUUAAAUUGAAGAUUUCUAGUAUCUUCAGCUGUUCUUCAGUCAGUGGACACCCUUUACUGUAAUUUCUUACACUGCAUGUCAUAAUUCUGUUUCUGAUUGAUUGGUCAGGUUGUCAUUCAACAUCAAACUCAACCAGUAAAGAAAUUCAGUGGAUUUUAUAUAACAUUUGAUAUCAGACUACCAGAACUAAACCUGACAAAAUUCCCUGCAGUUAAACGACCACUGAACAUGAAGACUUGCACUUUAACAACAGAUUCAAAAUGGAGGAAAAGAAGUCGCAUCUUGUUCCAGCAUCACAAGAUUCUCUUUAGUACCUCACCUUGCUCUCGAUCCGAAUAAAAAAAAAUACUACAUCAGCAGUUCCCAUCAGUCUGAAGUAACUCCUACGUGGUACGCAAAGUUAUCAUGCCCCACAGAAAACAUCCUAAAUGUUCCCCUCAGUUCACCACUUAACAGAAACUAACUUCAUUGCUCGCAUAAUCAUCUUCAGUGUGUUUGAGGAGGAAGACCAAAGUGCUUAUUUUACUGUUUGUGUUUUUGUCCGUCUCUGCUGGAAAAAGAAUGUAUUUGCAGCAUUAUGCUUUAAGAUCUAUUUUUAAGUUGUAUUUUUGUUUCUCUUUUUUGCUCUUUUCAUUGUUCAUUUGUAAAGGGUUGUUUGUCGCGCUCUCGCCGGAAAAGGCGGGACGUCAUUUUACUGUGUUUUUAAAAAGGAAUGAAAAUGAAGAUUGAAAUGUAUGUAUGUGUGUAUGAAUCUAGGUUGAAGGACUCGACGUUGUGAUCUUGUUUUCAAAGAGUCUGAACAUUUAGAUUAAGGGUUUUUUUGUGAACUGGUCUGUCCACAAGGUCUCCAUUUUUAUAAGAAAAAUAAAAAGAAAUGGAUGUUGAUGCAUCGA